AUGGAAACAGAAGAAGAAGACGGAAGCGAGCCACCCGGCCUGUUUUAGCUAGCAGGCUACAAUUUCACGUCGGCUUUUAGCUGGGUGUUACACACUAUUAGUGGCCGUGUUCUGAGAUGUGCGGCAUUUCACGGACCAAGACGGCCUGGGGUGUUGGAAGUCGACCUGUUCCUUUGGAUUCUCUGCGCUGCCCAGCUAUGUAGUGCAGCUGGUUGGUUUUUACAGCCGGUAGGUUAGCCGGUCUCCUAACUCAAGAGUGUGAUUUUUCAGUGAGCAUCUAUGGGAGCAGCUGUCCAACAGAAUCGAGGUGCUACAAAGUAAAAGAUUGGAGGAGCUGACCUACAUCAUCGUUUUUUUGGGGACAAAGACCCUUCACUGAUUGCCAUGGACGUCUUUGGCCAUGUCUGCAUAGAAAUUUAGCUGCACAUUUGGGUUCAAAAGUGAUGCCAUCAGCACACGGACAGAAUCGUUUUAUCAUGGAUAAACAGACGGCUGUGAAUACUGUUUCUCCAGCACAGAUGGGAGCAGAAGCCAUUGCUUUCAUCUGCACGGAAUGUGGCGAUGGAUUCAGUCAAUACACAAAUGUAUUGACCCAUAUGGCUAUUCAUGGGCCUCUGGAGUCUUUUUCCUUUGACGGCUCAUCAAAUGGAUUUGAAAUCCCUCGGGAAUAUGUGCUCCAAGAAAAUGGUACGCUGAUCAUUGUAAAUGGUUUAGCUCAGUUGAACUCUUUUAAUUCCUCAAAUUCUUCUGCCACACCAAGGUCUCCUGAAAGAGUGUCAUCACAUUUGCCAUCACCCAUUAAGCCCGUUUCUACAAUUCUGAACUCACAGCCCUCCUCGUACAAAGACACAUUCAGACCCAGGCCACCAGGCUUAAACUCGGACCAGUCUCGGCAGAACUGUUACCAUUGUGAAAUAUGUAACCGAUCAUUCACAACCCCACAGAAUCUACUCCGUCACCAGCAAUACGGUAACUCUGAGAGGGGCUUCAGGUGCACUCUGUGCUGCCAGAUCUUUGACGAUAAACACAACUUUAAGAAACACCUUCAAGACCACUUCAAUGAAAGAAUUAGUUGUUGUGGUCACUGUGGUAAGCGAUUCCUUAAAAUUGAUGCGCUUAAUGCUCAUCAAAAAGAGAAUCACUCCAUGCCCAAGGGUUUGGGUAAGCCAGAGAGCAAGGAAGAUAAAAAGAUGGAAAAGGCAUAUCCUUGUAACAAGUGCAAGCUAGUUUUUUUCUGGAUGUCAGACCUACAGAUACAUUCUUUGUAUCAUUGCAAGGGACAGGAGCCUGAUGUGGAAUUGGAAUCUGAUUUUGAAAUUGAUGAGUUUUCCAAGGAUUCAGAAGAUGAGGAGCUUGUAAACUGCCUCACCAACGGUCCAUCCAGUGAUGUCAAGAAUGGAAGUCAGAAAAUAUCAAGAGAUGAUGAUAAUGAUGAAAAAAAUAAGCAACCCACCUUCACACCAUACAGAUGUGGUUUGUGCGGGGAUCGUUUCGAGAAGUUAGCGGAUCUAAAGGAGCACCAUGUCACACAUCAAACUCAGGAAGAAAUUGAUGAGUUGAAUCAGGAACAUCAAAGACCCCUCAAGCGGGUCGUUCCACCAAAUAGACGGCGAAGAUCUAAUCCAAAUGGAAAGCUUCAUCCUUGUAAACACUGUCAUCGAGUCUUUAAUCACUCUAGUAGUUUAUCUCGACACAUGAGAUAUCAUAAGGGCACAAUGCACACUUGUGUAUUUUGUGGCAGACAUUUUCCACAGCGCUGUGAUUUGAGAAGACAUGUUAUCAUGUACCACAAAACCGAAGGUUUGAAACUUUUGAACUCAAAUUCACAAAAUGGGCCCUCAUCCAAUUUGGUUGACGAUGAGAAACAGGCUAACACUCCCGAGGACAACACCAAAGAGUCCCUUGGAAAUAAACAGACUUCAGGAGAGCUAAGUGAAAAAUUUGUCAGAGCUAACUACAAAUGCCUGGAGUGUGGAAAGAAAUUUGGACUUUUAUGUGUGUACCAGCGGCAUUUGCGUUAUCACAAGAAAGAGCCAACAAAGUGUCCCAAGUGUCCAGCCGAGUUUAAGAACAGCGUAUCCCUUGAGGUUCAUCUUAAAAAUCACAGUGGCUCUGAACAAGCAGGUGAUGAUGGUGAUGGACAGAAAUCUCCUGCCAAAGGCAAUGGUGUAGAUAAGGCACUUAAAGAUAAUCCAGAAGACAUAGAGGAGGAUGAUAUGGACCAAAAACAAAAUGAGAAAGGAAGUUUCUCUGAAGCUCUUUAUGAAUGCACUGAGUGCACUGACACAUUUUCAUGUUUGGACACAUUUCUUCAGCACCAGGCUUCUCAUGGCUCAGAAACAAAAGCUAACUAAUAGGUAAAAAAAAGUGUGGUGUGGGUGGAGAGUAUACAAAAUUCUUUUGUAUCAAAUGCACAGCCAAGAAGUUGGGCAGUCUAUUUCAUUUGCCUGUAUAACGAUGUAUAGCAAGAUAGUAUUCUCUCAACCCUGAUUGCAGGUCAGCUGGCUUCCCGUAUUUUGUAGUGACAUAUAUUGUGGUAGUUUUCAUUGUUUUUUUUACUUAGAUCAUGGAACUUGAAUACCUUUUUAACUGUAUGCAUAUAUUCUUUCGAAAGUAUAGCAUUCUGAAACAUUAGGCUGUCAUUAAAAUAAUCAAGAUAAAAUGC